CUUUUUUUCUUCUUCUUGCAGUGAGAACACAGUGUGACAUUCUCUGUGGGCAAUAAAAUCCAAAACGAGCCUUCUGCUGGAGCAAACUCUCACUUUAUUGCCGAACAACAACAGCUCCGUGCAUUGGUCCACAGCUGCGGAGUGUCAGCGUCUGACGCAGCCGGAGCACCUAUCCGCGACAGGGACACUGACACCUGACCGCUCCGUCUCCUCACCCCGCCGAUCUGCUCCUCAUCACGACCACUCCGCCUCUGCAGUGCAACGACGGUUGCGUUUUAUGGAAGCGGAGCCUGUACAACUUGCCGUGGUCAUGCUGCCCCCCAAGAACUGCCUGCCGAGGAACUACAGCUGCAUAGCGGGGCUGUUCGGCAGCCUGGCGGCGGCCAACCCCAGGCUGGAAGAUGGGGAAGAGUUGGACAUGAUGAACGGUACGUGCGAGACCAUCCAGAACCCGGUGGUGGACGAGAGACCUCGGGGCAGAGAGAUCUUCCUGAAGCCUCCGCAGAGCCCCAAUCUGCGCCGCAGGUGCAAGUCCCUGCCGACCCCCACAGAGAGAGCAAAGUUAGAGAUCUGCCGCAGCAGAAGUCCCACCAAUCAGAAAAAAGUCCGUUUUGCCGAUUCUCUGGGCCUGGAGCUCAUUUCAGUGAAGCACUUCGAUGACACAGAUGUGCCAGAAGUUCCGGAGCGCAUUUUGGCUAAAUUACACAAAGGACCCUCUCACCUGAACCACAUGGACACAAAGUUCCCCAAGCCUCCUGCACAGUCCAUCUUCAUGGAGCUGCAGUUUACAAACCCAGGCACGCUGCCCGGCUUCGAGCAGAAAGUGAGGGAGGUGAAAGUGAUGCUGGAGAGCGUCGAGGCGGAUGAGUUCAGCCUCUCCGGGUUUGUGCGCGUCUUGAAUAUGGCUUUUGAAAAGAGCGUCUCUUUGCGCUACUCUCUGAACAACUGGAUCACAUUUAUGGACAGUUUGGCCUCUUAUGUCCCCGAUUCCAGCGACGGGGUCACUGAUAAGUUCUGUUUUAAGAUAGUCAUGCCCACCUACCUAGACAACGGAGGCACUCUGCAGUUUGCAAUCAAAUACUGUGUUGGCGGGGAAGAGUUCUGGGACAACAACAAUGGGAACAACUACAAAGUGCGGCACCACCGGUUCAAGAUGUCUCCUCCUCGGGAGUGGGAGAAUGGAUGGAUUCACUUUAUCUGAGCUCUGCAGUGGCACAUUGUGUGCGGAAUUUGUGCGUAAUCGCACCCCGGGUACCUUACUUAUGACCGUAGCCUGUUAAAAAAAUAAUUGGAUUUUUUCUGCCAUUGUCAGCUGUGACACAGAAAAUAUUUUCACAUGCUAUUUCAAAGAGUUGGCCCGCUAUGAUAGCAACACAUUGAGUGUGUAUAAGUGCAGUUGAAGCCUGGUAGGUCCCCGGUGUGGGAUGCUGUGAGAUAUUUUGCCUUGAUGUCAGGGCUCUGUACAGCCUGUGCCCUUUGGGAGGGCAUGUUCACGUUAUGUAAUGUAAAAACACGUGCCACGAAAGAAACGUGCCGGGCAAUGACAACUUCAGGCAUCACUGCUCUUUUCAGGAGAUGCUGUAAAUGUAUUUGAUGGCUUCUUGUUGCUGCAAAAAAUGUCAGUUGGUUUUGCAUGAGUGCAAACAUAUCAACCUAGUGUGAGGCAGACAGCAUCACUUGUUGGCUGAUGAGGACCCCAAACCAAGCACGUAGCAAACUCCUCUGCAGAUCUCCCUCAGACAGGAGGCAACACACACACACUCAUGUCUUACAUAGUUGACAGACAGCAGCAUGGGGAAGGUUAUUUUUAUAAUUCAAAGUAUAAUUUCCUUCUAUCAUGCCAUAAAAAUGCCUUAUUCUAAGCUAUGACGUAGGAAGUUUCACACUGAAUAUUAGACUUGAAUAGAAUAAUGCAUUAAAUGAAUAUCAUCAUGAAAAAAGUCUAAAUUCUAACUGCAUAUUCAUGUAGCACUAAAUCAUAAAGGCUUUGCCUACACAGAAAGUGAUUCAGCUUUCUUCUGUUUUUUGGGGAUUUGCUGUUUUAUCUGAAUGAGCUCCCUCCACAUGCAAAUUCUAUUUAGUGGCUGUCUGAAAGGUUAAAUUUACCUCAGAUCAUUUGUGCACCUUUUCUCCUCCUCUUCAGGUUGAUCCACAUAGAGCAGAUGUAAUUAUUUUCUAACUGAAACAAUAUUGUACAUUUUCAGAAUUAUAGUCAAAGCAUAUUCAUUUCUAAGGUUCUUAAUUGCACUCUGUAGCUCUACAAAGUAGCCAUUAACCCGACGACUGUGUUCAGCCAGCCUCUGCUCCUGUAAAGGUUCGCGGUAGUCGUUACUGUGCAAGAAUAGUGCUGCUCCUUAUACAUGACCAAAUGGCUUGAACCACCUCUUUGGCUGACGUUUGCGUUCUUAGACUGCAAACCGUCUUUUUGCUUUAUUUCUCUACUUGACACCCUGACUGAUGUUAUACAACCAGCCUGUCCUGCAUCUGUAUGUUGUUAAUUAUUUCAGUGGUGAGUAGUCUUACAAACCCACUUCAUUUAUUUGUACUCUGUAAGUGUGCAGAAAGUUGAGACUCCAGCAACUAGAGCAGGGUGCUUAUAAUUCCAGCGCUCUGACUGUAAUCUCAACAUCACUUUUGACUUUGUUUACAUCACCGUGGCCGCUGAGGAAAGCUCUCCGUUUAAUGAGGACAUGGGGUUGGGAUGUGGACCAUUCCUGUAACCACUUAGCUUUUUGGAGCAGAUCCACUGUGAAUCCAUCAGUACUGUUUGUCUCCAAAAUUGACAUGUCUUGUGUUAGGACGACGAUGCUAUACCUGAUGAUGUUGAUUAGUUUUGAUGAGAUGAGAGCGCAACAGAUAACAUUUGCUACCAUUCACUAAACUGCUUUUCUCCAAUCUCUUCAUAUAAAAGGUGUAGUCAUGUUGUUGAAUCACUGGGUAUUUGCAUAUCAUCUGCUUUGGUCUAUGUAAAUGUUCAAGCGUCCGUGCAGUGCUAUACCAGAAAGCAUGAAUUAACCUGGCUGAGGCAACUAAUGUGGGUACAUAGGGAUGCAUCAAUACCAAAUUUGGUUCUGUCAGCCGACAAUGUAGUGUUCUUGUCUUUGUUUUCUUUCUUUGUUGAAUUAAGCUCUCAAAAAAGUGAAAAUAUUACAAUUCCACCAAACUGAGAAAGCAAUUCAGUAUUAUUUAAGUGUUGUUUACACUCAACAGUGUUGGGUACUAGUGCUCCACUUUGGCCUGGUGAAACACACAGCUGCUGGUAUUGGUGCGUCUCUAUACAAUGAAUACAACGAAGGGCUUCUGGUCUGAUUCGAUUCUCACCUCAGUGUGUACAUAACAGUUUGCAUCAGAACUCACUGAUAUAUAGAUAUGUGUGUUAAUGUUUCAUAUUGAAUGUCUUCCUAUUACUGUUCGGUGUUAUGUGUAUUUCGAAGCAUUUUAAAAACAGAACUGAGAGGUAUGAAGAGUCAAAGUUUGUCAUUUUGUUAAGUUGUAAAAUAUAUAUAUUAAAGCACACUUACUAAUUUAAGUUGUCUUUAGGGACAUUUGAAAUAAGGCCAGUGUUAGAAUGGAAAAUCAAACUGAUAUUUUGUCUCAAAAUGUUUCAACAUAAAGAUAGAGAUUUUCCUUGAAAUGUACCAAAAUGUGAGCAGUGUAUCUGAAAGAAAUUCAUAUAUUGGAUAUCCUGUGUGCACGACUCUAAAUGUACGCUGCCUUACUAAACUGAGAGUUCACUUUGUGUAAGAUGGAAGAUAGCAAGUGCUUGUUUGUUUGGAAAGAAUGUGAUUGCAGAACUUGUGAGCUCUGGACAUUGAUGGGGGACAUAUCAGGACCGAGUUGCACUUUGGUGUUUGAUAACUUUUGGCAUGAACGACCUAUGAUUGUAGCUGAUACUGAGUAGACUCGGUCAAAGCAGGUCUAAUGCACUGAGAAGAAGGAAAGAGGUGUGAUGUGUAUAUGAAAGCUUCUUCUGCGAAUAGCUACUGAACAAAAAUGUUCUCCAUGUGUCUUAUUGUACUGUUCUUUUCUCUCACAAUGUAAAGUCUAAUUCACAUCUGUUUAAUUUCUAACAUUUUUUCAGCACUGAGGGUUUUAUCUUUGCUUUCUUGUCAGUGGGAUUUUUGUUUUCUGUAAUUCCUAUGCAACCCUUUUUGCAUUGUAACAUCUGUGAAUUUUCACCAUGUUUGCAUGUACAACUGAAAAACACCUAUAUUUCUCAGUUUAAAUUUUAAUGUAGCAAUUAUUUUGUUAAAACUAUGGUUAAUAAAGACAUUUGUGAUGGAAA